GCGACUUUUUUCAAUCAGCUCAACAAGAACAGAAAUACUUAUUACUGACACACAAGUGGAUGACUAUACAAUCAACAAAAAUCGUGGAGGGAUAUUUUAUAUAGAAAGUGAAAUGAUGCAGUUGGUAAUGAACAACUGUGUGAUAAGUAAUGGACGAUCGAUGCUUCCUUUAAUGGUGGAUUUCUCUAUGUUCACGCAAGGAAUGUUAGUGUACAUAUUGAAAAUUCUAAUUUUACAAACUUGAAUAUUGGUGGCGAUGGUGGUGUGAUGUAUAUAUCGACAAGCAAAGUUGCAAAUAUGUCUGUAACUGUAAAGAUGAAAAUACUCAGUUCAAAUUUUAUAUCUAAUACAGCUAAUUUUGGAGGAGUUCUGCGGCUCCCACAAAAGUUCAAAAUCUGGAUUCAUAACUCUACAUUCAUUUCAAAUAAUGCAUAUAGUGGUGGGGUUGUAUACUCCGACAACCUUUUAUAUGCAAAAAUACACAUCGAUAAAUCAUUGUUUCACAAGAACCUUGUAGCAAAAUUGGGUGGAUGCUUACAUCUUGAUAACAAGGCUACGGAGGCGCCAUUUCAAUUAAUGACGGAACAGGAGGUGGAGGUGGGAUUUUUUCAAAAUAAAGGAAUACAGAAUUUAGCGUCGUUUUCAAUUUCGAUAGAAAGAAGCAUUUUCGAGAAAAAUCAUGGGAGUUCUGGAGGUGUCAUAUAUUUACAUGGUGUUAAUGGCGAAUUUUUGUGCAAGCAUUCAGUUUUUAAAUCAAACAAUGCGACUUAUGGUCCAGGUGGAGCAUUCUACUUCUUUAUUUCCAAUUCAACGAUAAACAUAUUCAACACAACCUUUGAAAAUAACACAAGUAUUAAAAAUGCUGGAGGUGCAAUGUAUCUAGAAAUUAAUCAUGGAAGUAGGAGUCACGUCGAUGAGUCAGUAUUUAAACACAACAAAGCAAUUUAUAACAUGGGUGGUGGCAUGGCCAUAAAUACUAAAGGUGAUACUUUGAAAAAUCCUCAAUGUAAACAAGAUACUGUGCGCUUAUGGGAUUACAACAAUUCUGUAACGAUAAAGAACACGAAGUUUAUUGAAAAUUUUGCCCGAAAUGGUGGUGCAGUCUCCAUGGAAAACGGAAUAAUAUAUUUCAAUAAUUGUCAUUUUGUCAACAAUUCUGCACAUGACGCUGGUCAUCUUAUUAACUAUGGCUCAAACAACUUGAAUUUAUUCAGUAGCACUUUUAACAACACAAUAACUCAUAAUUCUUCCUAUACAGAAACUUUCAUACAUACGUACAGCGAAGGACCAUUAAUUUUACACAAUACUACCGCAUUACAAGAAAUACAGUCAGAUAAUCCUUUGGUCUUGAUUGCAAAUGGCGGGAAAGUGGAUUUUGAUAAUUUUACAAUGUUGCGUUGCCCAGUUGGAUCAAAGAUGGAAAUGUUGAAUCUCUCUUAUAACAAAUGGAUAAAUAUUUCUUGUACAUACCGCGUCACUAUACUUCGCUUUGUAUGUACACAAUGUGAACAAGGCACGUAUAGCUUACAGCAGGGUCACACAUUAGGAUUGAGACCAGUUCGUUCAUUUUCUUGUCUACCUUGUCCAAAUGGAGCCGAAUGUUCAACAACAAUCAAAUCAAAGCCAAACUUCUGGGGAUAUUUGAGUAAGAAAAAUAAGUCAUCUUUAAAAUUUACCAGAUGUCCUAAUGGCUAUUGUCUUGGAGGCUCAAAAAACCCAAAACACGACAGCUAGAACAGGUGCCAAGGAAAGCGUAAAGGUUGGAUUUGCGGUCAUUGUUCUCCUGGUUACAGUGAAACUGUAUUGUCAACAGAUUGUAAAUUGACAGAAAACUGUUUUGAUUAUUGGUUUUGGAUUGUGUUUAUCGUAUUGGCGCUCAGCAUGGCUUUGUUUUUUAUAUUUCAACCACCGAUUGUCACUUUUCUCGUAAAACAGAUAUUGUGGUUCAAAAAUGAAAGAACAAUAACUAAACACCUGAGCGAGAACACCAGAAGAUCAUUACGGUCAACAGAGAUGCAGAGAAGCGAUUCUCCGUUUGUUCUCUCCACUGAAGAAAUUGAAAACGAAAGGAAGGAUUCCCUAGGAUUUCUUGAAAUUAUUUUCUAUUUCUAUCAGAUUUCUUCCUUACUGCAAACAGAUACAAACAUAAAGCACCUUUUGAAAGCCCAAAUAAUUAUUCCUGUUCAGAGAUUUUUCAAUUUUCAGGGAGUUCAUUUUGAAGGUGUAUGUCCAAUACCUGGUCUCACAGCAACUGGAAAACAUUUGUUUGAUGUUGCAUUUGUAUUUGGAACUUUACUUGCCAUAUACUUUAUCUACAGUCUUCACUUUUUCAUAAGUAAGAUCUUUGGUGCAUACACUCCAAAAUUUAAACGUUACCUGGGGGCAACAAUGCAAACCAUUCUCUUAGGAUAUAUAAAAAUUGCCAACGUUAGUCUUGCACUAAUUCAAUGCGUUCCCAUAAACUCUGACCGUCGUUGGUUUUAUGAUGGUAACAUAUUAUGCUACCAAUGGUGGCAGAUUCUGUUCAUUGCAUUUGACGUUGUUGUAUUAAUUCCCUUCUUCCUGGUGUUAGCCUGGCUUGCCGUGAAAUUGCACAAUGGAAUGAUUUCAACAAAGCAAUUCUUUCUCGCUUGUGUUGUACCACUUCCUUUUUCCAUUUUUUGGUCUUUACAGUAUCUCUUGCAAUGGUUAAGUAUUUAUCGAAGUCCUGUAAACAGGACAGUAAACACUACUGAGUAUACAGAUACGCUGAAAUCCAUCUUUAUCGCUCCAUUUCGCAAGCCUGAAGAGGGAAAGUCAGGUGCUGUCUACUGGCAGAGCGUUCUUAUUGCACGACGUUUUUUCUUGACAUUUCUUAGUUGUUUUAUCACUGAUCCCACUUUACGACUCAUGUGCAUGGCAAUCAUCUGUGUGCUGGCCUUAUUACAUCAUAAAUGUGUGAAACCAUUCCAAAACCCUCGUGCCAACACAGCGGAAACCAUUUCUCUACUAAGUCUUGCAGUAAUGGCUAUCAUUAAUAUGUACAAAUCAUUUUACAGAUUUUCCAAAGAAGAUGUUAGUACAGGAUGGAUGUUCGUAUUUCCAACACUUGAUAUUAUCGAGAUGAUAAUGUUAGGUUUCAUACCUGGAAUAUUGAUUCUUUUGUUUGUAUUAGGGAUAUCAUCAUUGAUGGUACGUUUGGUUUUCAUGGCCAUCGCCACCAUACGUAGAAAAAUGCACCGCCAUGACCCAACAUACGAUGAACUGUUGGACGAUAACCAUGAGGAAAACUGAGAGGAAAGACUUCGUAUUUUAAAUUAGAGUACGUUGAUGAAAUUGCGCGCGAUGAUUUAUAUGACUUUACUCAAUGAUUUAACUGUACUUGUGCAAUUUAUAUAAUUACUUAUGAUUUUACUAUAUUUAAUGGUUUGACUAUAUACUUAGGAUUAAUGAAUAUACUAUAUACUAAAAUUUGUUCAAAUAGCUUCAAAUUGUCUUUUUGAUCAUUUUCAUUUUUAAUGAAUAUUGUUGAUGCAUUGAUGUAAACUAACGAUGUUAAUUAAAAGGUUUGAGGAUUCAGUGAAGUA